AUCCCGUCGUCUGCAUUAAAGGGCAAGUGACAGCUCAAGCUAUAUUGUUGACAUUCGUAUGAAAAUUACGCUGCCGCGUCGUACUUACGGGAAAGUAAUUUUCAUAAUAAUAUAGACUAAAGCAUAAGUGAACGGUUUCGGUAACAUAAACAGCCUAACCGAAUGAUUUCCGUGAAUCGUAAACGUAAGAAGAAAAUUCAGGAUCAAAAUGAUAAUCGGUGUUUGAGUGGAAGGUAUAGCCACAUCGAGUUUAAUAGAUUUUAAAUACAUAGCGAUCACGCUUAAGCGGUGUCCAGAAACUGUACUAGUUUUCUGAAAUCGAUCAUUAUCGUUUACGGAUUGCAACAAUGAUUGUUCACCGGAUGUUUCUGUUCAAACACCGUCGUAAAUGUACCCGACAGUAGUACACUCCAAACAGUAAACGAUUAAAGUGCGUGUGCAAAAGUGAAUCAAUCCGUAUGGUAUUACGCGCAGUACUUAUCGUGUCGCUUUCUAAAGAAAAACCGUCUAUAACACUAAUUUAACAUCCUUUAUUGUUACAAUAGUCUCGGAAUAUCUUAAGAUUCGCGCAGAAUAUCCCUGACAUUUUCGGGUUUAUUUAUAACGUCGCUGCUAAGGGUGUCAAAAGCAUUCCCAUUGUGUUUCACGUGCGGUAGAUGAUAAUAGGAGGGUGACAGAGAGAAAAGAGACCUGUCGUCGUCGGCGAUCGUUCGCCGAGAGUACUUCCAAGAUUCUAUGCGACAGUGGUCCAUCAUCCAUGACGUUCGACUGUGUUGCAUCGAGAGACUGAACCUGAUCGGCGGAUUGAUCGCGGUUGUGUAUGCGCGAUAAAUAAGGACAGCCUGAUCGAUUCGAAAUCGGCGACAUUGUAACCGGAGCGACCGAACGGACCAGGGAAAAAGAGGUUUCGGUAUGACCUGUGGCGGUGAUAAGGACUCGUUGGAAUCAUCGGGCGGGGAGGAGGAGGCAUGGAAGCUGAAGCUGGUCGGCAGUCUCACCAUCAGGGGCUGCAGCUUACCCUGCCAUCCCCGGGAAUCCCCGGUCUGGACGUCGUGAGGGCCUUGCACCAGACUGUGAUAUCGCUUCGCUCUGCUCUGGACUCCUCGCGGGAAGAGUUGCGUCGUCUUAAGGAGAGCGUCGGUGAUUUUUCUGGCGAGAGCUACGUCGAUGUCAUUGAGAGGCUGGCUCUUGAGAAUCACGUCCUUAGGCGAAAGAUCCUAAGUAGGAACAGUGAGUUUUCUAGUGAUGCUGCCACAAGCCCGCCGCCCCAGGCCCGUCCUUUACCACUCGCAGUAGAGGACAGUAAGCACCUGCCAGAGGAAACGGGCGUAUCCAUGGACUCGUUAAGAGACAAGGUUGUCAAGGAGGAUCCGCCGGAGCCGUCGAGACGGGUCAUCCAGAGCGGCAAAAGCGACGGGAACAACGGCGACGAUUCUGCCGCGUCGUCGGCAAUCAGGAGACCGUUCAAGGAUCAGGAAGUAUCCGGGGACUCGAAGUGCGCGAUGUCAAAGGAUAGCGCAGGAACGGUUCAUCAAGUACAAACUCGACUGUCCGAGGCUUCUCCGACCGACAAACAAUCCAAGGACACCGAGGAUCAAGAUACAACCGAGGCGCAAGCUGACCGUUUGGAUGUGCCCGACAAGGAUAUGGAAGAUCUCAGCUUGAAGUCGGUCUCCGACGGCGAAAACUCGGUGUUCAGCGACAAUCCGGACACGCAGAUGGCGCAGCAACAUCAGCGACAGAACCAGACAGCCGAUCAGCCGAAGGCCAACGAUCAGUCGGAGAACGAGUCCGAGGAGCUGGACGACAUCGAGCUAAUAUUCACGACCGACGACACUUGCCGCGAUCUCGGUUUGCAAGAGGAUCUUGUCUCGAUCACGGAGACGGAGUCCUGGCAACAGCCCGCCGCCACAGGACAACCGGUCUUGCUGAAGUAUACCAAGUCCGCCGAGGGCGAAUCGUUGGUCUGUAACGGCGAGAAAACCAGCUCCGUCGAAGAAGCUGUCUCCUCGCAGAGCUCCAGCAUCGACCGCGAGGAGAGCGUCGAUAGAUUCGACGAAAGCUCCAACACCAGAUUGAACAAAAUGUGGUCCCAGUGCUCGGUGCUGGUCGAGACUGACAUCAGCAAGUGCGGUGUCGUCGAGGAGCCGGAACAUCCUACCAGACACGCGGUCAGAAGGAACACGUUGGCCGCGCCUCCCACUGCUUACAGACCGAUCAUCCAUCGAGAGGCUCUAGCAGGCAGUCGUCGAAAGAGCGCGGCACCAUUGAGGCCGGUUAUGGACAGGAUCAGCGGCGCGAGGCGCGAGUCCGGCGCUCAAACCGACAUCUCCGCGCUUCCGGCUCAUUGGCGCUCGGAAAGUUAUCUCGCGCACAAAGUGGCACACGCGUUCACCACGUUGCCGAGUAAAUUCGCCUUGCCGACCGGCGUGCCCGGAAGGCUCCGGCUCUCCGACAAGACUCGGGAGGCCAGACGAGUGAUGCUCUCGGAUAUCAGCUUCACCAGCAUGGUGCCAGAACUGUCCAGAAGCGCCGAUCAUCUCUGCCACGAUCCGCACGUACAGACCUGCUUCAACUCGCGCGGCUGCGGUCUUCGCACGCCAGACGUGCACCGCCGCGAAUCAUUGGGUUCUCCGGCGGGUUUCUGGCCUCGCUGCAAUCCCAGCACAGGGCUUCCUAGUCCCUGCGACUGUCGCCUCUCCACCGACCUCUACUCGUCGCGGUAUCGCGGCUCCUUGAGCUCCAUUCCGUCGCCUGGUCUAGAGGUUGUCAGCGGCCCGUCGCGAAGACACUCCUGGAGAGCAACGGCGGCGUCCUUCGACACGUGGAGAGUCCCGGUGGCUACCUCCACCCCGAGGCCCACUUGGUCUUCUAUGCCGUCGUCACCGACCCAUGUGCACCCUCCGGCAACGUCCUCGAAGAUCACCAAGAACGUUCCGAAGAGAACGCGAUCGAAGGUCACCUUCCAAGAAUGCCCGAUGACGCGAGGCAGCCUGCCGAAUUUGCGCUCGGACUUGGUCGGCGGCGAUAACAGCGGCGAUUCGACCGAAUCGUUGAUCGACGAGGCCGAGGAUUAUUUGCGACGAAGCAUCGACUCGAUGCUGACAGUUUCCAGCAGCGGCGUCUGUUCCGAUUAUUGGAACAAACAGACGGCCAGGCGGAGACGGGCGCGCCGCUAUUCCGAGCCUGAUCUCAUCCGUGACUGGCAUCCGCCUCAGGAUGCCAGACCGUACCUGCCAAAGAUACCAAGGGAUCUCAAGCUGGACCAUCUGGUCAAGGUGAUAUCGCCGGAAGGAAGAGUUCUGCAAGGACGCGUCAGGUACGUGGGACCUGUACCAGGACGGGACGAGGCACACGUUGGCGUCGAGUUACCAUACAUGAACGGCACGUCCGAUGGCACUUUUCAGGGCAGGAGAUUCUUCGAUUGUGAUCCAGAUCGAGCGAUCUUCGUUCCAUUCAAGAAGGUGAUCCUAGCGUGGUGCACCACUUGACCCGAGCCGCCUACCACCCUGACGACUCCCCGGAUCCUAUUGUCUCAGUACACGAUGUGAACGACGCGGACGACGAGAACAACGUGAACAACACUAAGCAACGCUGGGUGCGUAUACAACGCGAUCUAUGUACGAUUUCUCCGCUGGUCACCUGGAUGAUCGGCGAUCCCCUUUUGCGAUCGUUCGCGAUCAUUUGCGAUCCGUUCGACAUCGUCGCGUGCUAAACACGCCCGUGUUCCCCGAACAGAGACCAUUGGGACAGUCUCCGAGAGUAAACGUGGACGUUCGUUUCGACGUUCGCCUAGAAAUCGAUCCCCACCGAUCAAUCGCGAACCGUUAUCGUCGCUUCAACUAUCGACACGUUUCCCCCUGAACAGAUCAAACACAAAGCAUGUGAUAUAAUCUUUUGUACCUUGAGUUGAUCGAUCGCACGCAGGCUAGGAUUCUCCGUUCGAGACGAACGGACGAAUCUACGUUGUUAUCGAGUCGAUUGUCCUCGGUGGCGGCGGACCGUAUCUUUAUUUUUGCUGGAAGCGAGCAAGCGGAUGGAACGUGUGAACGCGCGUGUACAUGUGUCACGGCUACGAGGAGAAGCACGGUUUUCGACGCUGAUCUCUUAAGUAAGAGCGACUCCCGGGAACGGGCAAUCAGUAUUAAUUAUGCGAAACUCAGUCCGGCUAGGGACAGAAGGCACAAAACGGCGACGACGGAUAUCCUCGCUCGGUGAAAUCGAACACCGACGCGCGACGAAUCGUCCGACACGACGAUGUGUUAAUUAACAUUGCAGUCGAGGAUUACGACUGUGUCCCCACGUCGCCGUAGCAAACGGCAACGGAGGACUCGCUAUUGUCAUUCGAUCGAUUACUUUCGACUGUUUCGCAACGUGUGAUAAACAUUCCAAAGCCGCGCGAACUCUUCGCGGGACAAAUGUAUUUUUCAUGCUUCAGGACCGCGAUCCCCGCGGAAUCUUUCCAAAGAGUGUACGUCAGAUUUCAGCGUUUUUUCGUCGAGUAUUCGAGCCUGAGCUGACACCUGAAUAAACUAAUUCCGGUACGAAUGUUGUUGAUCUCUCUUCGAAGUCGAAGCGAAGUUUGAUUCUUUCGCGAUCCAGGAACGAGAGCGAACGUGGAGGGCCAUACGAGAAAGAAUCGUUGUCUCGUUCGAUUAGGGGAGCGCUAAUCGGCGUAGUUGCGGAAGAAAUCGUUGGUGUAAGAGGAUCGUGAAGGCUCUACUGUGUUACCAAUUAACUCUUUCGCUGCCACGGUUUUGCUGUCCGCUUCGUAUGUUUCCAGGAACGGAGCGGUAUUUAUUGCAGCGAUGCUUCGCUAGAUCGGAUCGAGGCAUCUCUGUGCGAAACAUAAGUAUUGUUUAUAUGCUUCCUUAUCGAUGCUGAAUGUGUUCGAUUAUUUUCGCGACGAACGGUUUGUUAAAUUUCGUUCUGCUACGUACGCUGCACAGCGCACCCUUCGCCGCAAGUGUGUUAAGACGUUCGUUUACUCGAUUGUUCUGUUCAUUUACAUUUAAUCGAGAAGCGAACGAAUCAAGGUUAUUUCAUUCUGUAUCGUAGAUAAAGAUUAAAGAUUGAUUUUCCAAUUGUUUUUCGGUCGGCACUCGCGCGUGGUGCAACGCGCAUGAUUCUCGUCGAUGCAUGCUCUGCUCUAACAUGGGACCAGCGUUUCGCGGGACGCGUUUUCUGAUCGAAAAGCGGCGGCUUUAAGUUGCUCGGAUACAGCAACAAGUUUCUCCAAUUUAGCUAGAAGGAUUUUGAAGUUGCGCGAAAGGUUCCUGGACGAAUCCCGUUCUAUUUCUAAAUUGAUUCGCCCGAAGCAGGUGUCGAUCAACUUAUCGUUACAGCGGGUGGGGACCCCGAACGACCAACACUUCUGAGCACGAGUUGUUCGAAUCGUACUUAGAACUCGCGACCAGCUCUCGUCGACGAUCAUUCUGUACGUAUUUACUCCGUAAAUAUUCAUGUUCGACCGUCGAGAACAGUCGCGACGCGUGUCCGAACCGACUGUGUUUGUUCCGCAGAGAACGGAUGAUGGAACGGGUUAACGUGUUAGACAUAUGUACGCGCACGAUUCUAUUUUUGUAACUCUUACGGAGUGCGAGAUUUCCUCGGAGACAAUAUACCGGAGUGUAGCGCGCGUUUUUCGUGUAGAGAUCGCACGUAGGAUUUCAAUGACGAUGCUCUCUGUGAUAUCGUGGAUCGCACGCGAAACGGAAAAUAGCAGACGCGACGGAAGAAUAUCAGAACAUAUGGCUACUAGAUCGGAUCAACUAUCACGGUUCAAAUUCUCAAGGGGAACAAUACGUCGCCGUUCGAUCUCCCGUUUCUUCAAAUUAUUGGAAACCUGCUCCGAAUCAUUUUUACUCCGCGCGCAGAUCCACGAUUUAAUCGCGAUUGCAGUGGAUCUCCCGGCAAGAUUUAGACUCGAAUGGAUCGAUUCGACUCGUUGAGAAUGCCUACGCCACGAUCUGGUCCUUGUUGACAUCGUUUGUUAACGAAAUUUUCGUCGAGAACUGUCCGCGCUCGGUUCGCGCUUAAACAAUAGGCGUACGAAUUGUUUCAUCGAUCGUAGAAUUUAGUCGAUUGUUUCAUCGUUGUUCGAUAUUGUACCUCGAAACGACGCGCGUUAUCCGUGUUAUCGGAGAGUUUGCUAGAUCUCAAAUGAAUUCAAUUAACAAAGGAAUUCGUUUAACACGCGACGAUACGGCGAUAUGGUGCUAAAUCGCAUUUCGACAGUUUCUAUUUCACGACGAAACCAGUUUCCAGAAUACGAACAGAUCCGUGAGAAACGCAACAGUUGUUUUUUUGCCGGUGCACGAUUUUUCUCGAUGGGACGACGACAUUUCCAAAUAUUUAUUUUCUCCACGCGUUACGCAACAGGCAAGUUUUUAUACAGGUCCGAUCGAUAUCGUACAAACGACUCUUUUUAUCGACACCCUGCCCUUUCGAAAUAUUUUUAUAGGAUUUCUGAAAAUGGUAUAUAUAAUAUGUAUAUGUGUAUGUACAUAUAUAUUUUUUUUAUUAUAUUUUACGUAUAUCUUUAUUCGUACAGUCGUAGUCUCUCUGCACCUUUAAAUGUAUACAGGCGAUGAUUAACGUAGAGAAACGAAUCCGUUCGAGGACUCGACAAGAAUCAAACGUCGACCGUAAAUUCUGCGAGCCCCUGGCAUCGAAACAGAAAACGAGUUCACCUAAUCACGUGGCGAGGAAAGCACGUCGAGGUUGAAAAUACGCAUGCAUGUUUUAUCGCGACCUGUGUACUUAAAUGUACUUAAAUACUUUGGUGUCUAUGUAGCAAAAAUCAGUGUCGCAAGACUUCUAAAAGACGCGAGAAAACGGACGAAGAUCGCAUCGCGAGCGCGGAUGCGAUUAAUUGCCGGUGAAAACGAGACGCGCUGUUCAGAAGCCGGAUUCUCCGUGACGCGUGUUACGCGUUCAAAGCAGGAACCGGUUGAACCGCGAAUUAGUUCAGGUCAUCGUAAGUUUAAAUAACCGUCCUUUGGUUGAUUCUAAUUAUUCGUUCGUUAAUGGUUCAAGAUCCGUCGCGCGGAUUUCGUUCGGCAAGAGCGAAGGGAUUUACGUUCGAAGAGCGGCGCCAAUUAGCGGACACCGCGGGAUACUUUUCGCGCGAUCUAGUCGCGACUCCGUUCAAUUAUUCAGCCUGUUCUCUGGGAAACUUGGGGCACAGUUCGUAACUUUCGACGCACCGAAGCGACAAUAUCGAUUCCUCGUUGCGACUCGAGCUACGCGAAAGUCUUGCUUCCCGGUAACACCUCUGCAACGAUAAUCAAAACUAUAUACGAUGUACCUACAUGCUCGCGUCUAAUCGGGAUCGCGACGGCGUAUAUACUCGCGCGAGCACUAAUUACGUUGCCUAUCUAUGCGGCGAUGGAAUCAAGUUUAAUGUCGCGCAUUAAUCCGACGCGUCGUCCUGUAUCGUUACCGCGGCGCGCGUGUAAUUAUACCGUGUGCCUCGUCGAUGAUUCCCACUAAAUUAUCAUUUCAAUGUUUAACCUCUUGACGCAGUUAACGCGAUUAGAAAUCUUUCGAUCGCGAUCGCUUCUUAGAGGGGACAGAAAAUCGAUGCUCGCCGUGCGCCUACAUUUAGAGAUUCGAAUUUUAUUCCAGUUUCAAAGGACGGAAUAACAACUAUACUUGAUCAGUUAUUUUCUUGAAAUUUUCAUCGCGAGUCGGAUUGGUCAAAUAUACUUCUAACAGUGUGUUAGAAACGAUUCGGUUAUUCGACAACCUCGAGAAAGCGUGGAAACAAUUUCUCCAACGAUUUCACGCGUUCGACUGUGUUUAUCGAACUGUGAUACGUGACAGGGCCUAUAGCAGUUCUAUUUUAUUUACCGGGAAAUUUUUCAAUAGUCUUCGCCGCACCGUUCUCCAACAAGAUAAAUAAUGUACCAUUGUCGCGAUCGGAACAAGGAUUUCGCAGCGUAAUUCAAUUAACAGCGUCAUCAAAUAAUUGAUUUCGCGCAGCGAACAGCGCCUCGUCGCUGCCACCGUUUGUCUGCGAUAUGCAAACGAUUUCUAUAGCCGAAGUUCUUAGAAGCGAUCGCGAAGUGUCGAUCCUUUCCUGCAAAACACCCGCUGUCGUUUAUUAGCUGGUCGUGUAUGCGUAAACUUUGUCGCUCGGAAGCUUCUCGAGAUUCUCGUUUGCGUAAACACCCACGGGCGCGCGUGAGAGACAGGUGCGCUACACGUUGCCACGAGUCAUAAGAAAAUCAACAAGGAAGUUGAACGUAUAGACGACGGCUAUUUAUGAGAUCGAAGUGCAGUAACUUUGUAGUACUAUGUACACAGGAAAUUCAUUGUCCCAGAUUCUCUUCAAUCUUUUUCCUUCGCGCUGUCGCGCGACGAUCGAACAUCGUCCAAUAAAUUCCCGACAAAUCCUUCGUGAAUUCUUGAUCGAUUCUAUCAUUGGGAAUUCGAUGAUCGUAAUCCGACUGCGAUAUUAAUCAUUCAUUUUUCUUUCAUCUGUAUACGUACGCGUGGCCGACCGUGCCAGAAUCGUUGUGUUUUUAGAUUAUUGUUAAAUUUGUUGUUUACUCUUCUCUCUGCACGGAGAGAAGAUUUAUAAAUCUGUAUUAUCCGUUUUCCAUUUCUUUAUUCUCGUUAAUUCUCGUUACGAUAAUUAUUCUGGAAUAUUGGAUUUUUCGAUACGUCGACGUGCCAUUUGAACAGCUGUUAUCACUAUCUUUUGCGAUAGUCGCGGUAUACUUGAUUCCAUAGCCACGAUUCAGGCCGUAGAUCUUUCUCGAGCAAGGUUGCUGAACUGCAACUAUCCAUUGCGAUACCUAUGUCCCACCGAUGGUGGAACAUUCGAGGUGGGUUCGUCGCGACGCAUGUUUGGAAUUCGCAAUUAUUCGUGAAAUUACACGUGACGAUUUUUGAAUCGCGCAACAGCGGUAUUAAAAACGAGAAACGAGUAUCGAAGUGUAAGUAUCGAGCACGUGUUAUUUCGAGAAAAUUGCAUUCAAAGAUGCGCAGGAUAUCGGCUCCGAUGGAAUUGUAAAUCGAGGAAACGACCUUGUACGAUGGAAAUCCACCGGCGAAGUAGACGCUGAUAAUUGUCUCGUAGAUCCAUCGAGCAAUAACGAUCGUGAACGAGGUCGGCAUAUUUGAGGCAGCGGAAUAAAGUGAUCGGAAACAUUUGCGGCUGCCCGACGGACAUAACAAGAUGCUUAUUCAGUAUUGUUCGACGUUUAUUUAUAUAUUUGCAAGUUAUUCGUUAACGUUAUUAACUGCAUCUCCGAUUUGUUUCUACGUCCGAGCGUCUUCGAUUUAUUUCUGCGUCUGAACAUCUUCGAUUCAUUUCCACGUCUCAACGUCUCUAAUUUAAUUAUUAAUCGUACCUCGAAUUCAGUUAUUAAUGCCGCGAGAAAAAGACGAAAGCUUGACCAGAGCUUCGACGAUAAUAAGCGAGCAAGUGUAGCGAGCAUUGUGGUCGCAAGUGCUGGUUUCUUGUUACAGCUCACGUGACUUUGCGGCGAUGUCAUCUACUCACCGAGUUACAGGUUUUAAGAUCGGAAUUUUCACGCGUUGAUUAGAGUUGGCAUUCUAAGACCGAGCUCUCCAGCAUCUUAAACGUUCGACGAUUAAAAAGUAUUUAAAAAAAA